CAGGAGUGUCCCCGUGGCGACGGAACUCGAUGCAGCCCCGAAUCUUCCGCAGCUUGUUAGUUCCUGUAUUUUCCCCAUGUGUCUGAGAACCGGUUGAGCCUUCUGGCAGAGUCACUCCAGAUGCCUGGGAAUUCCUCGCUGGGCCCCUGCGUUUCUGACGGAGCCCCCUGUGAGCAGCCUUCCGCCCUCCACCGGGAAGAAAGAUGUGGAAAGCCUCGGCCGGCCACGCCGUGUCCAUCCCCCAGGACGACGGGGGCGCCGACGACUGGGAGACCGACCCCGACUUCGUGAACGACGUAAGCGAGAAAGAGCAGAGAUGGGGGGCCAAGACCGUGAAAGGGUCCGGGCACCAGGAGCACAUCAACAUCCACAAGCUGAGGGAGAACGUUUUUCAAGAACACCAGACCCUCAAGGAGAAGGAGCUUGAAACAGGACCGAAAGCCUCUCACGGGUACGGCGGGAAGUUCGGCGUGGAGCAGGACCGGAUGGACAAGUCGGCCGUCGGCCACGAGUACCAGUCGAAGCUCUCCAAGCACUGCUCCCAGGUCGACUCCGUCCGCGGCUUCGGGGGCAAGUUCGGCGUCCAGGUGGACAGAGUUGACCGGUCGGCCGUGGGCUUUGAAUACCAGGGGAAAACUGAGAAACACGCCUCGCAGAAAGAUUACUCGAGCGGCUUUGGUGGCAAGUACGGCGUGCAGGCGGACCGCGUGGACAAGAGCGCCGUGGGCUUCGACUACCAGGGCAAGACGGAGAAGCACGAGUCGCAGAAAGAUUACUCCAAGGGCUUCGGGGGCAAGUACGGCAUCGACAAGGACAAGGUAGACAAGAGUGCCGUCGGCUUCGAGUACCAGGGCAAGACGGAGAAGCACGAGUCGCAGAAAGACUACGUGAAGGGGUUUGGAGGGAAGUUCGGCGUGCAGACAGACAGACAGGACAAAUGCGCGCUCGGCUGGGACCACCAGGAGAAACUGCAGCUGCAUGAGUCUCAAAAAGAUUAUAAGGCUGGUUUUGGAGGCAGAUUCGGUGUUCAGUCCGAGAGGCAGGACUCCUGUGCUGUGGGAUUUGAUUACAAGGAGAGACUGGCCAAGCACGAGUCCCAGCAAGACUAUUCCAAAGGAUUCGGCGGAAAAUACGGGGUGCAGAAGGACCGGAUGGAUAAGAACGCGUCCACCUUUGAGGAUGUCCCCCAGGUGGCCCCUGCUUGUCAGAAGACGGUCCCCAUCGAGGCAGUGAACAGCAGAACGAGCAACAUCAGAGCGAACUUCGAAAACCUGGCGAAGGAGAAGGAGCAGGAGGACAGGCGGAGGGCGGAGGCGGAGCGGGCGCAGAGGAUGGCCAGGGAGAGGCAGGAGCAGGAGGAGGCCCGCAGGCAGCUGCAUGAGCAGGCCCAGGCCCAGGCCCAGGCUCAAGCCCGAGCUCAAGCCCAGAAGCAGACCCCCCCUGCAUCUCCCACCCCUCAGCCGGCUGAGGAGAGGCCAUCUUCAAGCCCCGUCUAUGAGGACGCGGUCUCCUUCAAGGCUGAGCCCGAGCCCGCGUACAGCAGGGAGGCGGUCGACUACGCAGAGGCUGGGGCCCCGCAGGGCUUGGCCUAUGCCCCGGAUGACGCCGUCUACGAGGCCGCGGACGCCCCGGGCCACUACCAAGCAGAAGAAAACACCUACGACGAAUAUGAAAAUGACCUUGGGAUCACGGCCGUCGCCCUCUACGACUACCAGGCUGCGGGCGACGACGAAAUCUCCUUCGAUCCCGACGACAUCAUCACCAACAUAGAGAUGAUCGACGACGGCUGGUGGCGGGGGCUGUGCAAGGGCAGGUACGGGCUCUUCCCGGCCAACUACGUGGAGCUGCGGCAGUAGUCCGCCGGCCCCGCCCCCGCGCCGGCCCCGCCCCGCACCACACGCCCCGCCCCGG